GAAUAAAUUCAGUGGUUUAAUAGUUCAACACCUACCUACCUAUUUAAUUUGAAAAAUACUGAAAACUAAGUUUUAGUAUUAGUCGGUAUUCGGUUACUACAAUCAUUUAAUAUUUCACUUCACUUUUAAGUAGUGAUGGAAAUUGAUGUUAUUUUUAUGAAUAAAGAAGCUUUCUAUUAUAAUUUAGUCCUAAACUAAAUAUUUUUAAAACACCUGAAUUGUGCAAGUUUACUUUAGGAUAAUAAUAUUGAGAAGUUCUUCUUCUUAAAUAGAUAAAAUUGGAAAAAGAUUGUGCAAUGGACUCGUCAAUUAAAGUCCUCUGGCCAAUAGUUUAUCGAAACGAGUAUAAUAUUCAAUUUUUUGGGUUGGAAAAUUUACAUCCAUUUGAUUCAAAAAAGUGGGGACAUAUUUUUGAAAUUCUUAAGAAAACAAUUGGUUUGAAUGAAAGUAACAUUUAUAUUCCAAAUGAGAUUACAGAGGAAGAGUUGCUUGAAAUACAUACUAAACGCUAUCUCAGUAGUCUAAAAUGGAGUUACACAGCUGCACGUAUCUCAGAAAUUCCUGUGGUCGCUAUUCUUCCUAAUUUCUUAGUGCAAAGACAAUAUUUAAAACCUAUAAGGUUUCAAGUUGGUGGUACAAGAUUAGCCGGUAAAGUAGCUCGCAAAGAAGGUGUCGCUAUUAAUUUAGGUGGAGGUUUUCAUCAUUGUAGUAAAGAUCAAGGAGGAGGAUUUUGUCCGUAUGCAGAUAUUACCUUUGUUAUUAACGAUGCUUUAAAAGAAAACAGUUACGAUUUAGUUAUGGUCAUCGAUUUAGAUGCACAUCAGGGUAAUGGAUAUGAAAAAGACUUUAUUGGUAAUUCAAAAGUUUUUAUUAUUGAUAUUUAUAACAAAAAUAUUUACCCAAAAGAUGCCAUUGCAGAGAGGGCAAUAUCGCGUGCAGUAAAAUUAGAUAAUUUUGUACAAGAUUAUGAAUAUUUAUCUUCUUUGGAAAGCGUUUUGACGGAAUCGCUUUUGAAAGUUAAACCAAAUUUCAUUGUCUAUAAUGCAGGGACUGACGUGUUGAAAGGAGAUCAAUUAGGACUACUCUCUAUUAGUCCGCAGGGCAUAAUUGAACGAGAUGAAAUGGUUUUCAAAGUUGCCAGAGAUAACAACAUACCGUUGGUCAUGUUGACAUCGGGCGGGUAUCAAAAGACAACUGCAAAUAUCAUAGCGGCUUCAUUGCAGAAUCUUGUAAAGCUAGAACUGAUAAAACCUGUUCAAGUUGUGCAAUCAUGAUUUACCAUAUAAAUUGCAAUUCAACUUGUGUAAAUCAAAAAUCAUUAAGUCUAAUGAAAUUCAAAAAGCGGAUACGAUGAGAAAUGUUCGAGUAUUGGGAAAAUAAAUAAACGGUGAAGAGAAAAUUGAGAAUAUACUUGACCUUGAGUACCUAACUAAGAACAUAAAUGGCUUUACAAACGGUUGAUAUUAUAUUAAAGAUUGUUGAAGAAAAAAUAAAAUAAUAUAUUCACACGUGCAUUUAAGUUUAUCUCGACAACCACCGACCACCUAUCGAUCGCGUUUAUGGUGGUAGAUAGCUCUUGGUAACCUCCUGAUCAUAGAAGAGUUUGGGAAUCGAGUGCUGAAGUGGCUGAGAUCGCCCCAUAAUAUUAUUUGUAGAAUGUUGAGAUGAUGUAUAUGAUCUGGAGUAGAAAUACAAAGAAUUCAUAUAUCUAUUUACCAAAUAAUUAGAUGGCAAAUGUAGUUUUUUAAGCAAGUAUUGUAGUAGAAGAAGUUAAUUAAGUAUGAAAUAAAGUUAAAUAAAAAGCAGAGUUUUCUUUCACUAAAUUAAAUACAACUGUAUUGAGAUAUGAUGAUUUAGCUUUAUAAUUUCUAUGUUUAAAGGUCCAUUUUUGAUAAAUAAAUGAAUACAUUUGAAUCAAUAACUACAAUUAAAUGGCGUUAUGCAGAAAGCAACCAACCCACAAAAAAAAUCAAGAUACACUAGUUAAACUAAAAUCUCGAUUUUUUUUUUUGUGGGUUGGUUGCUUUUUGCAUAACGCCAUUCAAUUAUAUCUUGAAGACCCGAACGAUAUAUUUAUUCUUUAAUAUAUUAUACACAAGUUACAACCUCAAGAACCAGAUCACUGAAUUCACUAAUUGUAACUUGAAAAUUCUCAAUUCCGCAUUAGAAUCGACAAAGAUAUACAAUGUAGCCUUUGCUCUUCAGCGAAGCAGUUGAAGAAACUAUACAUUUAGUUCAGCCAAAUAAAAAUUUAGUUGGGCCAACUUAUCAGUUAUUCCAACUAAAAAUGUAUUGUGUCCUUAUAUUAACCAUAAUUUUAGUUGGACCAACUAUGUAUUUUUUCCGUGUAUGAUCUGGUAUUUAUAAUUACACAGUGCAUACUAUUAUCUUUAAACGUUACAAUAUAGUCCUUACUGGAACAACUAUCAUUGUUAACUUGGGAUUAGAGUGACCGCUCUAGUUUUUGCCUUUUUUAAAACUACAGUUUUGCCAAGAAACGAGGUAUUUUAUUUGCAUAAUUAUUUUAUGUAAAACGUCUACGGACAAAUUGUUACUUCGUUGUUCAUUAAGUAUGUAAUGAGGUUAUAGUCUGUCUAAGAAAUUUUAAUUACUUUUAGCAGCUAUUGCCAGGUAGAUGCAUCAUGCAAGUCACGGGUGGACCUGCUCGCCACUCGGCGCGCAUUAAGUCUAACCUGACUUAAUGGAAUAAUGUGUUCUCCAAAGAAUAUAAUAAAAUACUGCGUUUAGGGGGGGGGGGGGGGAAAUCGUAUUAUUUUCAUUGGGAAAGUGUCACAAUAAUAGUUAAUAGUUUCAAAAAAAUCUGAACAAUAAGAAUCAUAGGUACAACAAUAUAUUGUAUCCAAGCGGUCACUCACUUGCCACUGUGGUUUGGAGUUAUCUAGUAAUGGAUUUGAAACGAUAAAAUCACUUCCAAGAAAACCGUCCGAAUCAGUGGCUAGUAUUAGAAAAUAAUUAUACUCUUGUUGUAUGUAAUUAAACGUUUUUUAACGCUCGCAACAGAUUUGUAUUGUCGUAUAAACCAAUGCUUUGGACCGGAGCUAAAAUCAAUUCUUCGCCGAGAGAAAAUCGUAUUUCUCUCGACAAUUAAAUUAAAUUAGAUAUACCUACCCAGUCUAAUAUACAACAUUAUAAGUGAGUUUUAUCUGUAACGCGUCUGCCGGACCGCGUCGCGCCGUUCCGAGAGCUGCCGUUGAGUAUUACAAAAAACAAUUUAACGCCUGAAGAAGAUUUAAUAAAGAAGAACCACUGUGACCAAUACGUGAUCCCAUAACAGUACGUUUAAGCGUGGUAAUCCAACAAUAACAUUGUUAAGCACCAGUCCGUUUAUUGUAUGUAUCUAUGUAUAUUACAGUGAUAACUGAUAGUUUAUUGUUAAAAAUGUACUUAUAGCUA